AUGUUAGAUAUAAUGGGAGCUUUAACCCUUGAAAACGCUCGUGCGGCGUUCUCAGCGCUCGCUACAUGGCGAACCCUUGCGCUCAUCCUCGCAGUCCUCAACCUGAAGAACCUCCCGUUCGUAUGGCACGUCCGCCUAUUCCGCCACUUCCUCAUCAACAUCCGCUGGCGCCCAAACGCCCCCUUCUUCCCCAAGAACAAAGCCUUGACAACCGCAACUGGCAAACCAACACACCCAAUCUUCGUCCCCAUGUCCAUAAAAACCCGCACCCCGCUCCUCGAAACAGACUACAACCUCCACAAGUCCAACAGCACCUACUUCAGCGACCUCGACGUCUCGCGCACAGCGCUCGUAACGCGCAUCUACAGCCCCGGCGUCGGCCUCUUGAGCAAGGAACUCGACGCCGAAUUCGCCGCCACCGCGCGCGAUGCGGGGAAACCCGUCCCGCCGCGGAAAUCAAUCUACAUUGCGCUGGGGUCCGUGUUUUGUAGCUUCAAGCGCGAGAUCAAGCCGUAUGCUCUGUACGAGGUUGAGUCGCGCGUGCUGGCGUGGGACCAAAAGUGGAUGUAUAUUUUGAGUUUCUUCUUUGCGCCGCCGGCGAAGAAAGGCGGGAAGAGGGUGCUCUAUGCGACGGCUGUGAGUAAGUAUGUUGUUAAGAAGGGGCGGUUGACGAUUGCGCCGGAGAGGGUGUUGAGGAAGAGUGGGUUCCUGCCGGAAAGGCCUGAGGGUGCUGCUGAGCCUGCUGUUUCUGCUUCUGCUACCGGCCUGGAAUCGGAGGAUGCCUCGGGGACGGGGACGCCGGCGGGCAUUACGGCGACGGCGAGUGGUGUGGACGGGUCGCUUGUGCGCGAGGUGCUUAAGUUGCAGGAUGGGGAUAUUCCCGAGGGUAGCAAGUUGAGAGCCGAUAAGAGGGUCAACGAGGCUUCCUGGGAUGGAGAGGAGUGGGGUUGGGAGCGGGUUGAGGCGGAGAGGGUAAGGGGAAUGGGAGUCCUAGAGGGGUUCUUCGAUCUUGAUUCGAAGCUGUUUGAGGAGUGGGAGGCGUAA